AUGGACGGAGUAAAGGGAAAAGUCGUCUUUGUCACUGGAGCCUCGUCUGGAAUUGGUCUUGCAACCGUCCAGACCUUGAACCGAUAUGGCGCGAAGAUCCUCGCUUGCGAUAUCGCUGAAGCUCCAGAAUCAGUCCUAAGCUUGCAAGAGUGCAAGUUCGUGCCGCAGAAAAAGGUUGUCGAAGAUGCGGUUGCGGCGUUCGGAAGGAUCGACGGCCUGAUUAACGUUGCUGGAGUCAUGGACACCAACAACAGUGUCGAUACUCUCACGGACGCGCUCUGGGACAGAGUUAUCGCCAUAAAUCUAACCGCUCCUGUAAAGCUUAUGCGAGCUGUGGUGCCUCAUAUGAUCAAAACUGGCGGCGGGAGCAUUGUGAACGUCGCUAGCAAGGCGGCUACAUGCGGUGCCAUAGCUGGAGUUGCAUAUACAGCGAGCAAACAUGGAAUUGUUUCGAGGAGAUCGCAUUCGGUGCAACGCCAUAUGUCCUGGCGGUACGACAGAUUCUCGUUCAAAGCCGUGUACAUGAAGAAAUCGCUAAAUUCCCUAGGUGUCAAUACGAGCAUCCUAUCGUCCAUCGAUCAAACAAAGGUCGACAUGGGGGCCAUGAAGUUCAUGCAACCUGUCCAUGAUUUGGGCGUGGUAAACGGCAUUGGACUUGCAGAUCCGCAAAAGCAUGCAAAUGUGCUUGCAUUCCUCAUAUCGGAUCUGAGUUCUGAAAUUAGUGGGUCAAUAAUUCCUGUUGACCAUGGCUGGAGCACCCUCUAG